CCGCCAGUCGAUCACUAGAACGCCACUUUUUGUCGGAAGCUGGGAAAAUUGAAAAUCGACGUGUUCGAAAAUGUAUGGGUUCGUAAACUACGCUUUGGAGCUAUUAGUCACCAAAACGUACAGUGAGGAAAUAUGGGAAGAAAUAAAAAAAAAAGCCGAAGUUCAGAUGGAGGGACAAUUUCUGGUCCGUCAGAUUUACGAGGACGAGAUCACUUAUAAUCUGAUUCGCGCCGCUGUCGAAAUUCUAAACGUCCCAGCCAAUGCCAUCUUGGAGCUGUUCGGCAAGACAUUUUUCGAAUUCUGUCAGGAUUCCGGCUACGACAAAAUCCUGCAGGUGUUGGGCGCCACUCCGCGCGAUUUCCUGCAGAAUCUCGACGCUUUGCACGAUCAUUUGGGCACUCUCUAUCCUGGCAUGAAAGCGCCCUCGUUCAGGUGCACUGAACGUCCGGAAGAUGGCGCUCUGGUGCUGCAUUACUAUUCGGACAGGCCCGGCCUCGAACAUAUUGUCAUUGGAAUCGUAAAGACUGUUGCCAGUAAGCUCCACGAAACUGAGGUAGAGAUUGAGAUCUUGAAGACAAAAAAAGAAUGCGAUCACGUCCAGUUCCUAAUUACUGAGAAGUCCGGUCCUCAGAGGUCCCUACUUCCUCAGAUUGAUGAAAUCGAGACUCUUUCUUUAGAACCCAAAGUGAGCGCGGCCACAUUCUGCAGGGUUUUUCCGUUCCACAUAACGUUCGACAGGAACCUGCGCAUCUUGCAGACCGGUUCCACCGUUUCGAGGGUCAUUCCCAAGGUCACCGAAGAGAACUGCCUCGUCACCGACGUUUUGGACCCGAUCAGACCUCAUCUGGAACUGACAUUCGAGAACAUUCUUUCUCACAUCAACACCAUCUACGUGCUGAAAACCAAACACGGUGUGAUGCAGGUUAAUGCACCUCCAGAAUAUCGCUUUCUGCGAUUGAAGGGUCAGAUGCUUUACGUUACAGAGACCGAUCUGGUGAUAUUCCUCUGCUACCCUAGCGUGGUCAACCUAGAUGACUUGACCAGGCGAGGAUUGUAUAUCAGUGACAUACCGUUACAUGACGCAACCAGAGACCUGGUUUUGAUGUCCGAACAGUUUGAGGCUGACUACAAAUUGACAAGAAACUUGGAAAUCUUGACAGACAAAUUACAGCAGACCUACAGGGAACUGGACUCUGAGAAGAAGAAGACUGACCAACUGCUAUAUUCAGUGUUACCAAUCACCGUAGCAACUGAACUGCGUCACAACAGACCUGUUCCAGCCAAGAAAUAUGAUGCAGUCACAGUUCUUUUCUCCGGCAUUGUGGGAUUUUCCGAUUACUGUGCAGCCAAUGCCGAUUCUCAGGGAGCCAUGAAGAUCGUGAAGCUGCUCAACGAGCUUUACACCAAGUUUGAUGAUCUCACCGAUUCAAAACGCAAUCCCAACAUUUAUAAGGUAGAGACUGUGGGCGACAAGUAUAUGGCUGUCAGUGGAUUACCGGAGCCAUGUCCUAAUCAUGCUAGGAAUAUAGCUCGUCUAGCUCUGGACAUGAUGGACCUGGGGAAAACCGUCCUCUUCGAUGGAAAACCAGUGAAAAUUACUAUUGGCAUUCACUGCGGCGAGGUUGUCACCGGAGUUAUUGGUCGACGGAUGCCGAGAUAUUGCUUGUAUGGCAACACUGUCAAUCUAACUAGCAGGACAGAAACUACAGGGGUACCAGGAAAGAUCAACGUUUCGGAGGAUGCAUUCAAGAUCCUGAUGGAAGAUGACAAUUACGAUGAUCAAUUUAAGUUUGACUACAGGGGCCCCGUACAGAUGAAAGGCAAAUCAGAACCGAUGAACGUUUAUUUGUUAUCCAGAAACCUAUUUACUAUAUUAGAGACAGAUGUAUAAAUGGAUUUAAAGAAUAAUAAAAUCGAUGUAUUUAUUUAUUGGAGAAUAUGUUAUUAAAGAUGGAUAUUAUUACUAAUCUAUAAUUUUUAUGAUAAACUUGUUUCAGAAUAUACAGGGUGUCCCAGGCUGAGGUUCAUUAGAAGUUUACAGAACUACAACAUCUAGCUCGGAGAUUUUUUGCAGAUUAUAGUUUCACAAUAAUCUAUCAAUUGAAAAUAUUUUCAAUAUGGCGGCACUUCCGGAAAUACCGGAAGUUGACAGCAACUUUCUUAUUUUAAACGGGUGCCCC